CGUGGAGGCCGCCUGCCGGAGCAGGGGUCAAAGCGACGGCGCUGCCCAGCGAGGUGAGGUGGUGGUCGCUGUUGUUGCGGCGUGGGGCGGGACGCACAUGAGGAAGUCCGUCGCGCUGGGCGUCUCGCUCGCGGCCUUCUUGCUGGUGGCCGCUGCCUGGCUUCGUAGCGACAGACGCCGCCGCCUCCACGACGCACCCGUCAACGGCGUCGACGAUCAGGAGGCGCAGGUCUGGUCCGAGCAGGCUCGCCGCGUGCGACUGCUGGAGGAAGCGUGCGCCAGUAAGGACCGCGACGUGCUGGGCCCGCACUACCUGGGCAGCCGCAGCAACCGUCGCCUCGGCAAGCCCACGCACUGCCCGCCCCACCUGUGCCCCAUCUUCGUGGACGACCGCCGGAAAGUGGCCCUCUGUUUCGUGCCCAAGGUGGCCUCGACAUCACUGAAGUCCCUGUUCGCCUCCCUGCUGCGAAUCAACGCCACCUCCAGCAAAGGUGACGACGACGACGACGCGCUGCACGCCUUGUUCAACGAGCGAGUCUUCCGGAUCGGUCCCACCCACUGGCCGCGCAGCAAGCUCCGCCAGUACACCAGGGUGCUUUUCGUACGACAUCCCUUCGAGCGUCUUGUCUCGGCCUUCGAGGACAAGGCCGGCGGACCUAGGGACAGGGAGCGCUUCUUCUACGACGUCUACUGGGACCGCAUCAUGGCCGGCAGCAGAAGCAGCAACGCCACGGACAACUCCACCCGCGUCACGUUCCCGCAGUUCGUGGACUACUUACUCCGGGUCCCGGUCUCCCAGUGGGACGACCACUGGGCCCCGUUCUACUCGCGCUGCGAACCGUGCCUGUUCCGGUACAACUUCGUCGGGCACCUGGAGACGGCCGGUAAAGACAUGGCGCUGCUGUGGCGACGCAUGGGUCUGCCCCCGCCCGAGUCCUCAACGCUGGAGCGCCGUAACGCGAAGCCUCGACGGCAUCGGCGGUACUUCGACCAGUUGACGGCGAGUCAGGUGGAAGGACUGUACCGGCGGUACUUCUACGACUUCGUGCUUUUCGGCUACGACCACCGCGGCUACCUCAGUUCCGAGGGAACGCCUCUGCGGACGCGGUAGUGAUGGUCUCGUCGCUUAAUUGGCGCAACCAUAUAGUGAGAAACUCUAUGGCGCAACCAUUUUACGUUGCGCCGAAACAGGACUGCGUGUGAACGAGGCCUGGCGUGUGGACCACUGUGUAGGCCAUGUGAUUACAGCAUAACACGCUGAUCAAGCAGGAUCGAGACACGUGGUACGACGCGCGGUCAUAGAAUAAGGAACCGUAUAUUGAGCGGCUCGUCGAAGAGUUGCUCCACCUGUCGAAAUCUGGAAGAAAAAGUAUUCACUCGAACGUGACGUGAAGCUGGAACGGAUAUGCAUUUUCGUAAGACUUGCACCUCAUUGCACCAUGCUUACAUGUUGGACGUAUCCUCUUCGGCCCCACGAAUGCACAAAUGCAAACCAUUUUAUGUGAAGCUCUUUUAUUUUGCUUCCUGUCCAUAGAAACGAACACAAAAAAAAUUGAAAUGCGGGAAAUUAAACGAUUGUAUCAACAUUUGAUGGUACCCAUUUGGUACUCUGGGUCUCAGCCUGUGUGAAACGCGAGGAAGCAGUUGCGGUUCUGCAAACAUAGAAAAACACCGCACUUCAGGCAUCUGACUAUUGAUUUCCUACUAUAUCCUGGGUAGCGGCACUUUGAUAUGGAAGCUUUUCGUGUUGAGGGAAUUCGCACCAAACCUGGUCGUACCGCACUUCCAUCAGGUGGAAGUGGGAUAACCUUGCUGCGCUUCACUCCAUUCUGUGACGGUCGCUCCUGAAUUUCUGAACUCUGGCUUGAUCUUAGCUGCCUACCAGUGUCAGCUUUGAGGAGUACGUUGGCUAUGUUAAACCUGAGUCCUGAAAGAUCAAAUCUUUCUUUCUCUGUAGUCAGCGCCCUUUCGCAGUCUCUCUGGUAAUCGAUCCAAGUGUAGCAGCAUGCGAGGUCGAAAAAAAUGCGCAAAAACUCAUACUGUCCACUUGCGCGUUCGGGGAGAAAUUCGAUAGUAUGCGAUGUAGUGAUCGAUUAGGUCGACUCUUCCCAUGUUUGUAUUUGCUGACCACGUCUGACUGCGUGAUAUCGACUUUUUCAUAUUUUAUCCAUCUCUUGCAUUUGCCUUCCGCUUCAGUCCCGAAUGCAGUGGAAAUGAGAAGGACUGAUUUGGUGUCCUUUCACAUUAAGCUGCACAUUAUCCCUCCGAAUUUUACAGCGCGAUUGCCAAAGCUGCAUUCACCCAAUAAAAAUGUUUAUUUUCUCUC